AUUACUCUAUUCUUGUCCUCAUGUUACCCUCACUCACUGCUUCUUCCAUUUUCCUUCUCUAACUUUUAAUUCAAAGUUUCAAACUUUCAAAAUCUCUGCUCCUACUUUCUCUCUCUGUUUCCCUUUUGCCUUCUCUCUCUUUUCUGCAAAGCUUCAAGCUUUGCAUUUGCUCAAACGUUUUCUCGUAGGAUCAUUUCCCACCUAAUUUCCUCAUUCGCAUGCCUAUAGCUGUAAGAUACCAAGGUCACUAGUACUUUGCAAGAGAGUCAUUCUAUAUUACCAUUCUUUAGUUGUUCAAGGACAAAAUGCCGAGAUCAAGGUAAGAGUAUCUAAUUGUUGAUGAAAAUGCUGUUCUUUUUUCUUCCUUGUCCAAGAUUGAUUUUGAGAUGCAUCACUUUUUCAAACAUAAUAUUUGUUUUUGUUACUCUUUCCAUUUUCAGAUUCCAUGACAUUUCUUACAUGGAAAAGCACUCAAUCUGAUCCACUUAAUCAGAAGAAACUUGGAACUCGCAUUGCGGAUUUAGAAUCUCAACUUGGGCAAGCGCAAGAAGAGCUGAAGUUUCUUAAACAGCAAUUGGCUUCAGCUGAAGCUGCAAAGAAAGAAGCUCAGGCCGAACUAGAGAAGAAAACCAAGAAACGAGGAGUUCCAGAUCCUGUUGAAAUCCCCGAAAAGCAGUUUCCAACUGAAAGUGAAAACUCAAAGGAAAUGGAUAACAGCAGCAGGGAUGAGGUUCCUGAAGAGAACCAGCGAGAAACUGAUGUUUUUGAAGUUCCAAUAGAAAAAGUGACCCUCGACCCUAAGGUUGAAUGCGAUGAAGUUGAGCAGGUUGAAAAGGAAACUAAAGCAUUUGAGGUGCCAAUUGAAUUGGCUGCAGCAUUGGAGCCUGAAAAGCCAUCCUUCCAUGAUUUGGCUAUGAAAGAUGAUGAGAUAAACAUGCUGAAAGCCAAGCUGGAAGAGAAGGAAAGUGAACUCGGGGGGUUUGUUCAAGAAAAUGAAAGCUUGAAAAAGCAGCUGGAAGAAGCAGCAUUAAGCAUUUCAACUGCUAAUGCCAAGGAAGAUGAAAUGACCUUGAAUUUGAGUGAGGUAGGGCAAGAGCUGGAAGCAAGUAAAUCAAUUUCAGCUCAGUUGAAGGAGAAGCUGGAACAUGUGGAAGGUGAAAAGGAAGCAUUGGAAGCUGAGAUGAAGAAACUCCGAGUACAAACAGAACAGUGGAGAAAAGCAGCAGAUGCUGCGGCAGCUAUUCUUUCUGGGGGAGUGGAGCUGAAUGGAAGGAUCUCAGACAGGUGCAGCUCUAUGGAUAAGCACUUUGGAGGCGUGUUUGUGCCACCUGCUGGUGGGUAUGCUGGUUAUGUGGGAUCACCCGGAUUGGGUGAUUAUCAGGAUGAUGGUUUUGGAAGUGGAAAACGAAAAGGCUCCGGGAUGAAAAUGUUCGGGGACUUGUGGAGAAAGAAGGGCCAGAAGUAAAGACUUAUAACUCUCAAGCUAGAUGUUCAUGCAUGAUGGUCACGGGUAAACGGUUGCUUACCAUUUAGCAUUUUGUUGGGGCUGUUUCCAUUGCUGCAGCAAUUUGGCCCAUCUUGUUCUCAGUAGGUAUUAUACUAAAACUAUGUAAUCUAAAACCUUGAGGAUAAUAUUACUAUGUUGUACUUCUAUUUGGGGAUUAUUAUGUUUGGGGAGUUGGGAACCUCUUCGGUCGGUAGACAGGCUGAGAGGGGGUAUUUCUUGGGCCCCCUAUGUGGAAAACA